AUGACUGCGGAGGAGGACAACAAGAUGGCUCACGCCACCGACACCCCAGCUUCACGCGAAGACUCCGACGAGUCACAGCCGGACCGCGAAGUCAUCGUCGAGGGAGAUGACCAACGAGGUCUGCAGAAUGUCGAGGCCGUGACUCUGAGUUGGUCCAAGACAUCACUCAUUCUGGUGUUCCUCAACAUCUGGUUCCUCUAUUUCGUGAAUGCGAUGCAGUCUUCCAUUCUGUCCAACCUCCUCCCGUACGCCACAAGUGAAUGGGAGACGCACUCGCUGCUCAACGUCAUCUACGUGGUUGCGAGUGCUAUGUCCGCGGCAAUUUAUGUCCCGCUGUCCAAGAUCCUCGACGUCUGGGGCCGUGCUGAGGGAUUUGCCGUCAUGACCACGUUCGCUACGAUUGGCAUGAUUAUGAUGGCGGCGAGCCACAAUCUCCCGGCUUUCUGUGCUGCAUAUGUCUUCUACAGCAUCGGAUUCGGAGGAAUGACAUUCUGCGUGGACGUCCUCACUGCCGAUAUCUCUCAGCUGAAGAACCGAGGGUUGGCCUACGCCUUCACCUCGUCCCCUUACAUCAUCACCGCCUUCGCCGGCUCCAAGGCGUCCGAGGGGUUCUACUACAACAUCAGCUGGCGGUGGGGAUUCGGCUGCUUUGCCAUCAUCUUCCCGAUCGUGGCCGUCCCGCUGUUCGGCAUCUUGAAGGUCAGCGUGCACAAGGCCAAGAAGAUCGGCACAUACGUCCCUCGCAACAGCGGCCGCAACGUUGUCCAGAGUAUUUGGCACUACGUUGUGGAUUUCGACGCACUCGGGGUGAUCCUGUUCUCCGUGGGCCUGGUGCUGUUCCUGCUGCCUUUCGACAUCUCCAGCUCCGCCCCCAACGGCUGGGCCACCGACUACAUCAUCGCCAUGCUCGUGGUCGGCUUCGUUCUACUAGUCGGCUUCGGCCUCUACGAGACGUUCCUGGCCCCCGUCCCCCUGCUAAACUUCACCUUCCUCACCGACCGCACCGUCGUCGGCGCAUGCCUGCUCGACGCGACGUACCAGGUCGCCUACUACUGCUGGGAUAACUACUUCACCUCGUACCUCCAGGUCGUCAACGACGUCACCCUCGCCGAGGCGGGCUACAUCAACAACACCUUCAACGUCGUGUCCGGCGUACUGCUCCUGCUGGUCGGAUACCUGAUGCGCCGCACCGGCCGCUUCAAGUGGCUGCUCUUCAUCGCCGUGCCCCUGUACAUCCUGGCGCAAGGGCUCAUGAUCUACUUCCGCCGCCCCAACCAGUCCGUCGGCUACCAGGUCAUGUGCCAGAUCUUCAUCUCCAUCGGCGGCAGCGUCUUCAUCAUCGUGCAGCAGGUCGCCGUCCUCGCGGCCGUCGACCACCGCCACGUCGCCGCCGCCCUCGCGCUGCUCAGCGUCGUCGGCACGAUUGGCGGCGCCGUCGGCGCCACGGUCUCGGGCGCCAUCUGGACAAACACCUUCCCCGUCGCGCUCGAGAGGUACCUACCCGCCGACGCCAUGGAGAACUUCGACAUGAUCUACGAGGACCUCGACACCCAGCUCAGCUACCCCGUCGGCUCGGAGACCCGCCUCGCGAUCCAGCACGCGUAUGGCUAUGCGCAGACGAGGAUGCUUGCGGCCGGCACUGGCGUCAUGGCGCUGUGCUUCAUCUGGACCUGGAUGAUCCGGAACAUCAACUUGACCAAGGUUGCUCAGGUCAAGGGAACGGUCUUCUAG